UUGAAAUUGAUGACAAAUUAAUGAGUAGUUUAAAAAAAUUACAAAAAAACUUACAAUAUGAUAAAGUAGUAUCAGCAAGUUUGGAUAAAUUUUUUAAUAAUUAAUUCUUAACAUUUAUGUAAUUAAUAAUUGCGUAUUGCGUUUAUAAAAAUAAUAAAUUACAUAGUAUAAUUUAUAAAUUGUUAUAAUAACAUCUCGUUAUAAUGACAAAAAUUUUUGGUACCGGACAUGUCAUUAUAACGGGCGGCAUUUGUAGUACUCUUUCCUUUAUUAAUGAAUUUUUCUUAUCUUUUAUAUUAAAUCACAUUUCUAAAAAUUUUGUUAAUUCUUUUAAUUUUAUAAUCUCUAAAUCUUAUUUUUAUAAUCAAAUAUAUUGGCAGAUAUUUGUUCUUAUGCAACCUACUUUUCUCCUCCCCCCCAUUUUGACGCGUUUUUGAUAUGUGAAUUAAAUAAUGCUAGGCCGCCUACUUUUCUCCUCACAAAAGGGACUUUCGUUUUAAGAAUGGGAAAUCUUUAUAGUUAGAACGAUAUAAGUCCAUUUUUCUUAAUUAAAAGAACUUUUACUUAAAGGAAUAAAAGAAACUAAAUUCAGGAAGAUGAAAAUUUUAAAAU